ACAGACCCUGAUGGUCAGUGGGAGGACAUACAAACCUGUGCAACACGUGCGACUUUGAGCCAGUCUGCAUCUCCACACUGGGAGCUACAGAGAGACUCUGCAGGGGAACUCAGGAGCUGCAGAGGCCCACCCACUUUUUUUUUUUUUACCCCCAAAAGGACCCUCACUUUGUUUGCUAAUACGAGACAUUCUAUCUGGAAACUUACAGGCUAAGCAGACAGUUUUUGCCCUCUGUCAAGAAUCAUUAAGAAGAAAGAAGAAAUGAUGGAGGACCACCUGACAAAGUUAUCCAUGAUGCCAUCUUCCUCCCCGACGGAAUCAACCGGGACGGAUGACAGCAGAGGAGCCAAGAGUCCGGCCCCUGGCAAAGCCCUCAGCCCGGCUUUGGUCUGUAAAGUGUGCGGAGACACCAGCAGUGGUAAACACUACGGCAUUUACGCCUGCAACGGCUGCAGCGGCUUCUUUAAACGCAGUGUGAGAAGGAGGCUCAUUUACAGGUGUCAGGCAGGUACAGGUAUGUGCCCAGUGGACAAAGCUCAUCGCAACCAGUGUCAGGCUUGCCGACUGAAGAAGUGCUUACAGGCCGGCAUGAAUAAAGACGCUGUUCAGAAUGAGCGUCAACCCCGCAGCACAGCUCAAGUGCGUCUGGACUCCAUCGAUGUGGACCCUGAGAAGGAACACCUGGCCACCACACGGGAACCCACCUCCUCCUCGUCUUCUUCUUCCUCCUCAAGCGGCUCUGUCAUCACAUGGCCCCACAUCACCUCGUCCAUAGCCAUUGCCUCCUCUGUGCCCCCACAACGCUGCGUCAGCCCUCAGAACAACCAUCGCUUCAUGGCCAGCCUCAUGACAGCAGAGACUUGUGCCAAACUGGAGCCCGAGGACGUUGACGAAAACAUCGAUGUGACCAGCAAUGAACCAGAGCGAGCGUCCUCGGAGUACCACAUGGCACUUUACCCGUCCUCCUCGGAAAAUGUAUACGAGACAUCGGCCAGGCUUCUCUUCAUGUCUGUGAAGUGGGCCAAAAACCUUCCCGUGUUUUCUAACCUGCCCUUCAGAGACCAGGUGAUCCUGCUGGAAGAGGCGUGGAGUGAGCUCUUCCUCCUGUGCGCAAUCCAGUGGUCUUUGCCACUGGACAGUUGCCCACUUCUCUCCCUGCCGGACCUCUGCCCCGGCAUGCAAGGCAAAACCAGCUACACGAGCCUUGACCUCAGACUCCUGCAGGAGGUCUUCAGUCGAUUUAAGGCUCUUGCCGUCGACCCCACGGAGUUCGCCUGCCUCAAAGCCAUUGUGCUUUUUAAACCCGGUGAGGAGCCUGCAUGUCGUUUUCAGCGAAAGGUUCCAAGUUCGAAUGUAUUCUUACCAAUCUUCUCAUCCACAGAGACCCGUGGUCUGAAAGAUCCAGAACAAGUGGAGAAUCUUCAGGAUCAGUCCCACGUGAUGCUGGGACAGCACAUUCGCUCCCAUUAUCCCAGCCAACCUGCCAGGUUUGGAAAGCUGCUUCUUCUUCUCCCGUCUCUGCGUUUUGUGAAUUCUGAGCGCAUCGAGCUGCUGUUCUUCCACCGGACCAUCGGAAACACUCCCAUGGAAAAACUGCUGUGUGACAUGUUUAAAAACUGACUGUUACCUAAAACCUGUGUUGUGCUGUCUUCAAACAUUCUUCCAACCAGGGUGGAAAGGGAUGAUUGACAUGAUGAUUGACAGAUUAUUGCUUUUUUUUUUUUUUUUUUUACCCCUGUGAGGUUAAAUCUAAGGUCACUUUACUUUUUGUCUGCUCUUGUCGCAUUAGACAAAUUUUGUGUACACCAUUAUGCUUGCUACUUACAAUUGAAUUUGUGUGUUGCGCAAUUGAGUGGCCAUCAGCUAGUGUUUGUUUAUUUUUGUCUUCCAGUGAAUAUUACAUUGCACAUGUUAUUGCUUGGAUGAUAGAUGGAUUGUAUAUUCAAUGUGGCUGUCAUAUACAUGUUGUAAAGACUUGAUAAAUGGAAGCAUUGCUUAA